GAAUAUCGGGCUCCACAUCGAGCCGCAUCGGCGAUGCACCGGCGAUGCGCGGUGACUCCUCGACCCCAUCUGCUCUGCCCCACCUGGGAGGCCUCUACCAACGUUGCCCCUGACAUCUGGGGGACCCGCUGCUGAUGCGGGCGCAGCCCGCGGUCGAGCGGCACGAGGUGGCGUCCGAGCCAGUUUGCGGCGGCGACUCUCGACACUCGAGGAGGCCAUGGGCGUUUAUGGGGGCAUCGGCAUCGCCGCCCCCCAGAUCGGAUGGUGGACCCGCGCGAUGUGCUUCGGAAUCAACGGCAGCAACCCGCGGUAUCCCGACGCGGGCUCCGUGCCGUUUCAGUUCUGGGUCAACCCGGAGAUCGUGUGGUCGAGCAGCGAUACCAACUGGAUGUGGGAAGGGUGCCUUUCGGUGCCCGGGAUGCGCGGGUGGGUGGAGCGCCCCAAGGAGGUGCGGCUGAGGGGGCUUGACGAGCGCGGCGUGGAGCGGGAGGUGUCGAUGUCAGGGCUCGAGGCCCGGGUGGCCCAGCACGAGCUGGACCACCUGGACGGCACGCUGUUUCCCGAGCGCGUCACGGGUGCGCGGUUCCUGGUGCCGCAGCAGGUCUUCGAUGCGAGGGAAGGGUGGGCAGAGGACUGGCCAUCGCCCGGCAGCCGGCGCACCGGGCCAGGCGGCCUCUGCGACGAGCAGUGAUCCCCGCGAUGGAUGGCUCGCGGUGCAGCUUGGCACCCGGCUAAUUGCGGUCUCGCCUCCUGUUCCCUCUGCCCCU